AUGAGACAUCCGGAGGCGCAAGUUAGCCUUGGCCGGAAGUACAAGUCCAGGAAGGAACGGCCAUGUGAUGCAUGUCGUAAGCGCAAGAUAUGUUGUACAAGAGACGCCUACGAGAAAGACUGCUCGUUAUGUCGAACCCGCGGGGAGAGCUGUCAAUAUGUACUCCCUCCUAACGUAAGGAGGAAUCGUCAACCAACUACAACACCUCGAACCGCGACGAGUAGUCCAAGUUCUAGCAGUUCCGCUCCUGCUCACGCUUUGGAAUCGAGACCUCGUCCUCCUACUUCUAACGGUAAUGGAGAAUGGAUUUGCCAGUUCGUUGGCUUCAGUGGCGACCAAGAUCCUUAUGUUCUACGACAUUGCUCAUUCAAUCAGCAGAACUGCUAUCGAGGAAAUGAAUGGGCAGUAUUAAGGAUCAAGGGUGACACAAAUGGAGAUGUUCCAUUGCAUUUCACUGCAAUUCCUGACACCCAUCUUGAUGCUCGGCCUGAGUUCUAUCCAACAACAGACACAGAGUCGGUUGUAACGCCUCAUGCCAAUGACCUUUUACACACAUUUUUUGAUGUCGUCCAUCAUUCAUAUCCACUGCUCGACUCAUCUCGCUUCAACACACCGCCCCGAACCGGCGAUCCUGUCCUAGCAGUCAUUUACAAUCUCGCAGCUCCGUUCUGUUCAUCUUCACCCCCACACUUCCCAGCUCUUUCAUCCUUCGUCCAGCAAGCCCUCCCUGUCGAAUCCCAACAUCCUCGUCUAGAAACGCUUGAAGCAUCUCUACUGCACCUACAUCGUCACACACCCACGUCUCGCUCACCUACUCUUCCGGGCAUCUCAUCUUCUAUUGGCUCUCUAGUCGGCAUUGCCUAUGACCUAGGGUUGAACAACGACCCCUCAAACUGGACACUCUCCCCUACAGAUACCAACCGUCGGAUUCGAAUAUGGUGGGCUCUUUACAUCCACGACAAAUGGAGUGCCCUGGGCCUGGGCCGACCAUCAUAUCUGAACGACGAGCAUAGCAAUGUUCCUCUCCCCACCAUAUCCAAUUUCUCACACCUCGGUUUGGCCAAUACCCCUUUGACCCUAACACCCGCUCUUCAAUUUAUAGCCAUGGCACACUUAUCAUCUAUCCUAUCUGACAUCCUCGACACAUUCUACACUCUAAAAGCAAUGGAGCGUAUGAAGCUGGUACCCAUCGAAAUGCUCUUCUCCAGCCUCCAUGGCUUUCAAGGGCGACUGAGGACUUUCAGAGACGAACAUCUCUGUCCUCUUUGUAGCGGGAACACAGGAGGCGGCUUGGAUAGUACUGGUAGCGUUGUGCUGGCAUUCUAUACGAUGGAGAUUGUGCUAUUCAGGGCUGUGUUGCGGUGUUUACCUAUGAACCAUCCGGGAUAUACGGGUGUAAGAACGCAGGCCAGAACGACGUUACUUAAUGUCGUUGAGUUCCUGGAGAAGAUGAGUGUCAACAGAUUGAGAGCGUUCUGGUGGAGUCCAAUGACACGCCUCAACUUCUCCCUUGCCGGUUCGUUCAUGUUCUUCCAACUACUCACCAGCCACACCACACUCGACAUCGAAUUCUGGUCCGGGACAAUUGCCCACUACCGCUCCUUGCUCCGCUUACACUCCUCGUCGUUCGAGAUGACGAGAUUGGCGAGCAUGAGGUUGGAUUUGUUGGCCCAAGGAAUGGGUGUGGACUCACCACUGCCGUUGAACCUUGAGAGGGAGGAUGGCAUGCGAGCGUGUGGAGGAAUCCUUGGAGGCGGAUUUAGUGGCGUCGGAUCCGGUGUCGGGGUUGGACUUGGAGGUCAGGGCUAUGGGGAUAUGAUGGGAGAGGGCGGCUUAAAGAGAGAAGUUAUGGAUCCCGGGAGCGCGGAGGAAUGGAUUGCAAGGCAAGGCAGUGGAGGGUUAUUGAUGUGCUAG